AGCGACGGGCCAAGUCUGUACUUCGGAAGCGUCGCGAAUGCGGGGACGCUCCACGGGUGUUUCUCGCGUCGCGGGCAUUUCGCAACCCGACGACUCUUUCGCAACCCUCUCUGCCCGUCGUUCGAGCGUCCGAAACGAAACGCUCACGACGGACGCGCGCGCCGCGAGAGCUGUGUGUGCACUGUGCUCCUUCCUCCGCGCGUUUCAAAGCAUUUCCAGGCGCGAUCGAGCAUCACGUGCCGAUAGGCGAAACCCGUGGGCGUUUCGUACACGAAAUAUCUAUGGACGCAGUUACACGCGCGCGCGAUCGUAGAUCUCCCCGACGCCCAUCGAGCUGCGUAGGGCAUGGCAAGUUCAUGCUUCAGUUUUGUCUCGUCAAGGUUAUGUCCGCCCCUCAAAGCCCCGCUUUGAAGACGAAGGACCCUCGCGAUCUGCCUUCUCCCGUGAUUCAAAAUCUGUUAAAACCCGUUCCUCUUCCCUCCUUUUAGUUUCCCUUUAUUUUUGCAUGUUAAUUUGCGAAUUUUUCGCGCCGUAAUGAGAACAGCAUAAAAAUCAUGACAUUUACGUAGCAAUUGAUGUAUCAAUUUCAGCGUAUUUUUUGAUGUGGACGAAUAUGGUUUCGAACGACCACACGACUUCGAUUAUGAAACAUACGAAGACUUUAUGUCCGAUUACCUCAAGGUGCUCGCAAAAAUGGCCAAAAAGUGGGCGAAAGUUAUCGGCGAGGGAAAGUCCCUGCAGCGAAGUAUCACGCUCAAGAGAUACAUUCGCAAGGGCAUCCCAGGAGAAUACAGAGGAUUGGUAUGGCUCGCUGUGAGCGGUGGAGAAGACAUGAAGAAUGCGUCGCCGGAUAUUUACCAAAAGUUAUUAUUAUCCCCUCAUAAUGCAGAAACCGCUGAGAUUAUUAAAACUGACCUCCCAAGAACAUUUCCGGACAAUAUAUUCUUUAAUAAUACAGAAAAUCAGCAGCAUCAAUUGUAUAAUGUUUUGCUGGCUUUUGCUCACCAGAACAAAACUGUUGGAUAUUGCCAGGGUUUAAACUAUAUAGCGGGCUUACUUCUGCUUGUAACAAAAAGCGAAGAAUCAGCAUUUUGGCUACUGAAAGUGCUAAUUGAUAAAAUCUUACCGGACUAUUAUACACGCACUAUGGACGGCCUACUUAUCGAUAUUGACGUGCUUGCAGAAUUAGUAAGGAUAAAAAUGCCAGACGUGUAUCAACAUGUAACAAACAUAGGAUUGCCCUGGCCAGUGAUUACGACUAAAUGGUUUGUGUGCUUGUUCGCCGAAGUUUUACCUAUUGAGACUACUCUGCGUAUUUGGGACUGUCUCUUUUACGAGGGUACCAAAAUUAUCUUCCGUGUCGCAUUGACGCUCAUAAAAAGGAACAGAUCUAAUCUAUUGGCUUGCCAAGAUUUUACAACAUUAGCCGAAUGUUUUAAGGAAAUCACGAAAGAUAGUAUUGUUCUGCGAUGUCACGAGUUUAUGCAGAGUAUUUUUAAAGUACCUGGAUCACUGCCUGGAAAUACAAUAACAAAAUUAAGAACAAAAUUCAUACAACAACGUAUAAAACGGAAACAGGAUAAGUUGGAACGAUAGUAUUAAUGACAGACUUUUUUCAUAUACACCGAAAUAUUCUAGUCUAUUGUGUUACUCGUUUGAAUCUUCUGCAAAAUCAAUGGAUACAAAGCUGUAUUAUAUUGUUACUGCAUAAUUCUGUUAUAUUAAUGUACAUAUAAUGUUUAUUUUGUGAUAUGAUAC